GAUCUAUUGCGAGCUGGAAGGGACACCAAGCUACCUGGUUCGCCUGACGUGCCCCACCAAUGGAGACCCCGGAUCCUUCUGCUACCUCGGCUCGCAGUUCACGUCGGUGUCCGGAGGUUUCAGUCCGAGUUCAAUUCCUCAAACCAGCGCCAACUUCGUGUUCGUUGCUUUUGAUGACACCACCGUCCGUGCUCAAGGAGGUUUGGAAAACCUACCCGGCUUCCUCAUUGCUGGCGAUGCCCCGGACCUCAGACUCUUGGCCAGAAACUCCAUUGCCGGGCGUUGGAUUCGGAUUUAG